AUGAUGGCCCUCGAAAACGAAGUGCCACGAUGCCCGUUCUGGAGAGGAGGUCGCCGGGCGUUCACCAUCCGUGAGUCGUCACCCGACCAAUCCGGUCUCGACGAUGAGAACUGGUAUGGGAUCGGUACCAUCAGUACGGAACGGCGACGACGAUAUCUGGAGCUCUUGUCUCUUCACGUUGAUCAAUCGGAAGCGCUAUUUUUGUAA